GUCGUGGACAGCAAGACUGGUUAGCAUGUACGCCGGAACAGACAAGUACGGCGGCGGUGUCGUCGGCGAAGACUUCAAGGAUGCCGAGGCGGCCGCGCCCAACUUGGAAGACAUUCUGGACACAGCGAGCGCCGAAGAAACGGUGGUCACGAGCGUCCCGUACUCGUACUUGGACGAGGACACAAACGAGGUCGUGGAAGGCACGAGCUCGGUCGUUUUGUCGUCGCGGUUGAAUCCCGAAUACGGUGGAUUGAUGUGGGUGGAGGAAGAAGACUCGGCCGAAACAUACAAGAACGUUGUGUCCAUGUCCCAGAUGACGUCCAUGCUGCGCGACUUGGAUCGCAACGCCGCGUACGAGCACGGCAUUCGGCGCGGCAUCGAGCAGUUCAUGGCCACGCACAACCGCCGUCCGAUCGUCUUGGACAUUGGGACUGGCACUGGCCUGCUUGCCAUGUUGGCCGCGCGCCACGGCGCCGAGCACGUGUACGCCUGUGAGAUGUUCGAGACCAUGGCAGGCAUUGCCCAAGACGUGAUCGACGCCAACGGUUUUGCCGACACCAUCACAGUCUUUCCGCUUCGGUCCACCGACUUGAGAGUCCCAACCCACCUGCCAGUUCGCGCCGACAUGAUGGUGUCGGAGCUAUUCGACUCGCUACUUCUCGGUGAAGGUCUCCUCCCGACGCUGGCUCACGCGAGAGCCCAUCUCUUGGCCCCCGACGCCAUCGUCAUUCCCCAGCACGCCACGGUGUACGCAAAACUCGUCGCAUCGGACACGUUGUUCCGCAUGAACAGCUUUGACCAGGUCCACGUGGAUAAGUUUGCACUCGCUCGCUCGGCGGAAGCGUGGAAGUGCACCGGCGGCGGCCGCGUUGCACUGCCGCUGCACAUCGAGAACGACUACGUCGAGAACCGCGUCGACUUGACCCCCGUUGUGCCAGUGCUCUCGUUUGACUUUGGCCAAAACGACUCGGCUGCGAUCGCCACGUCGUCCAAGAAAAACGUGACAGGUGUGACUGCGCAAGCAAGCGGACGCAUCGAUGCGAUUGUCAUGUGGUGGAGCGUCGAUUUCGGCGACGGCGUCGCGUACUCGACCGAAAGCGGCGCGCAGAACUGGCAAGAUCACUGGGUGCCUGUGGUAUUUCCACUGACAGCGCAGCAGCAUGUGGCGAAAGGGGACGCCGUGGAACUCACAGCCCACUCGGACUCUCUCCGCGUGUGGUUUGAUGUCUCGAACAAGACCGCCGAGUCCCCAUCCAACAAACGGGCCAAGGUCGAUGACGACGCAAUGGUUCCUUCGUGCACGUGCGGGCUCCAUUUGAUUUGCAAUGCCGAGCGCGUGAGCAUGCUCACCAACAUGGCGCGCACCGAAGCCUAUGCCGACGCGCUGCGUGCGAUCGUCGCCGGGCUCCACGCAGCACCAGACAACCAAAAGUCGUGUCUCGACGUCAGCGACGGAUCGCUGGUUGCGCUGCUGGCGGCGGCUUUGCCCGACGUGGCCAACAUCACAAGCAUCGAGUCGAAGGAGGUGUCGGCCUUGAUCUUCCAGCAGAUUGCAACGCGGCACAACCUGGACGACCGGCUGACGAUUCUCGGCUGCGGUGUCAAGGGCCUCCUCGUUGAACACUUGCACGGAGAAGCACCCGUGGAUAUCCUUGUCGGCGAGCCUUUCUACUAUGCCAUGCAGAACCUACCCACAUGGCAAGCGCUCAACUUUUGGUACCGCCGCAGUGCUGUGUCUCAUCUGUUGUCGGCACGCGCCGUGGUGCUCCCGUAUCGAGGAUUCAUCCGGGCCAUGGGCGUGCGCUUUGACCACUUGCACGAGUGCUUUGGGACCGUCGAGCACGUCAGCGGGUUCGACCACGCCCCGUUUGACGCGCUGCAAGGAGGAUAUCUCGCCCGGGACUUUCCAUUUCCCACGUACAUGUACUCGUACACGGCGGGGACGCCCGUGUUUGACGUGAUGCCGCUCAACUUUAUGGAGCCCAUCGCGCGAUUCGACGCGUCGAUUCGCGUACCCGUCACGUCGGCGGUGAAUGCCGUGAUUGUGUGGGUCGAUUACCAACUCGACAUGGCCGGCCACUACCAUGUUUCGACCGGACCGAGUGUCGUACACGCCAAGCAAGCCGUCCGCUUUCUCCCUCGAUCGAAUGCGUCGACGCACGCGUCGUCGUCGUCGUUCCAGCAACGGGCGGUCGAAAUGACGGCCGGCGUCGCCUUUGACGCGUCCGAAGGGGUCCUUUCGUACACUUUCGACGUAGAGCAUGUCCGGUCGUAGAUGGCGGCGGGCUGCAUAUGGGCUAUCGCUGCCGGCAUGCCACAUUGAAACGAGAUAUCUGUCGGUCGUGCGCGACGCAGGACCAUGCAUGGCAACAUCGCAUUCUAUUGUC